UCCUGAAAAGAAAAUGGCGUUCAUCUGGAAGUCCUUAUUUUGGUGGAACCUUGUUACUGUAAUAUUUCUGCUGAAUACUGACGUUUGUUUAGGCAUUGCACAUACAGUUAUUGAUUGUAUGAAUGGUGGAAGACCUGGAGAGAGUCUAACGUUAACCUGCAAAAUAACCGGUACUAUAGUUAGUGGAAUCCGAUGGCUCCGACAUAAUGGUGGAUCAUCAGAAGUGGUUAUACUAUGCAACACUGCAAACACGAUAUGUGAUCCAUCUGGGGGGAAAACUGGCUACACUGGUACUAUUGUAUCACCUACACAACAUGAUCUAACCAUCCACUCGUUUAGUAAUGAAGUAGAUGUUGGAGAAUGGAUUUGUCGUGAUGGACCAUUUGGAGCUGGUCCAUUUUCAUGUAACAUGACUCUCUACACUCCUCCAGAUCCCAACCCAGAGAGUCAGGUUUCGGAAUCCACCAUUAUCAUACUACUAGUAGUGAUAGGUGUUCUACUGGUCGUCACUGUUGCAGUAUCGUGGCUGUGUUACAAGAGAACGAAGCGAGAACCGAAAUCUGAGCAAGAGAAAGCUGAACAGAUAACUCAAGAGGGAGUAGAUGAGAGAGGCCAAGUUGACAAACCAGCUGUCGAACAGAUAGAUUAAUUAGUUGUAAAUUUGCUUACUAUUGAAUGCUCGGAUCAGUCGAGUUCACCAACCAUUGGCCAAUUGAAACAGUUAACGAAUUAAAUCAUAACAGUACAAUCUUGCAUCACUUUCACAAACUGACCGAGCACACAUAGCAUCAUGUUAUUUUUCUUCCAGUUCUGUGUUGGUGGAUGUAUUAGUUAGUUAAUUGAUUUAAAAAAAAAGUUAUUUUACUCUUUAUUCGAACGCUGGCAAUAACGUAUUUAUGUAAUACACAACAGGGGUUGAAAUAAUGUGUAUACGUUCAGGGGACAAUCUGUCUACAGGAUGAGUCAAGUUGGGGAUCAAUUAGGAGGCAGUAUUUCUAGAUUUAAACAGAUCUAAAUUGUUCACAUGUGUAUAUAACGAUUAAUAAUUUCAUAUUUCCUGUUCGUCGAAAACACUGAUCGCUUAUGUUCGACUGGUUUUCAUUUAUAUAGUUAGACGCCCAAUAGCCGAUGUAUUUUUUCUGCUGGGGUGUCAUUAAAUAUGUAUUCUAUUCCAUUGGUUUUCUUUACUGUGUUUAAAGGUAUGAUAAAAGGGAUCCAUAUAUUUAAUUUUUUAAAGUAUAAACUGCUUCUAUCGUGCAUUUUCUUUGUUUUGUUACACGUUAUAUGAAAUAAAAGGAUGCGAAAAGUGACUUUAGUGGACUUACAAUUGUUUUUAUAGUCUGGUCGUUGAAGUGUUUGACCCGGAGAAAAAUGUAUAAACAAUUAUUUCUGAUACAACAUAUUUUAAAUCCA